UAAUGGGCCGAUAUUGUUUCCUCAAUUGGAGCUCAUGGACCACAUUAAGGCAAGAUGCUAAUAACAGGAAAAUAUGUACAGGGAGGAGAGGGGAUAUAUGAGAACUCUGUACUUUCUGUUCAGUAUUCCUGUAAAUCGAAAACUUAUUUUUAAAAAAUAAGACCUAUUAACAUUUAUUUUGAAAGUGUUUAUUUUAGAAAAUAUCUUCGGUAUGGAAUGGUAGGUGGUAAAAGAGUGUGGUAAAAAUCAUGUGGGAGGUAUGCAGGUGAUUGGCAUUUGGGAGGCGGGGUGAGAAAUACGGGGUCGCUAAGGCAGGAUAAUGAAGAAAAGAGCUAAACUCGAACAAAAACCAAAAAUAUUUUAUUAACAACCUGAGAUCUGUUGGCACUGGCUGUGCUCGACCAGGCCCAGCUGGUUGUUGGUUUUUUCUGGUGACAAGGUUAGGAACAACAUGGCAAGAAGCAGGAGACAAAGGCAGCGAGAUGAGAGCCAUCCAACACCGGAGAUGGACUGGCCAGCAGAGCUCAUGGGGAGGACGGGGAGACCGGGUGGACUCGCAUAGCCCCAGGCAAGAAGCAAGAAACGUGGGCUGUCCAGUCCAUAAAUUGGAAGGUGCAAAUCUUUCAGCUUCCUAAGAACAGUUACAACCACCCAACGCUGCCUAUGUGUGCCCGGCUGCUGCCGUGGACGGAAGCCGGAUGCGGCUGGGAGAAGGGCUUGGUGACUCCGAAGCCCAGGGAUUUCUUGUCUUCUUUCCACGAUGUUUAGUUUUGUGCUGGGUUCUUUUAGGAACACCAGAGCGGGCCAGGGGUUCAUCUCCUAGGGUGGACAGCUGACCCUUCACUUCGAGCUAGACAGAACCCAGGAAGCGGGAGGUGACUUCGCCAUAGCACAGCAAAACUGGGUCCAAGCUCUGCACUCGCCCAGUGCCACAGAACAUUGUCCACUCACGGAAUCACCCUUUUCUCUUUUGCAAAAUGUCUGGGAUCCUUGAUCGAGCCUGUUAGUGGCAGACAGCAGGCGCUGGAUAGACAUACAGGGAAAGGCCUUCCAACCUUCCCUUGCCUUGGGUACAGGCAGUGCAUUAGUCGGUUUUUCUGUUGCUGGAAACAAUACUCACACCCACAACUUGAAGGAGGAGAGGUUUCACUUAGCUCACAGUUCCUGAGGAUUCAGUCCACGGCUGGCCGUCAGCAAGGCAGAAUGUGGUAGAAGUGCGUGGCGGAGCAGGACUGCUGAGUUCCAGAUGGCUGGGAAGCGGAACAGAGGAUCAGUGCCAUCCAGGAACUGGGCCGGGGACCAUACAGGGAAGCCAAAAUCACGCCUCCAUGACUACCCAGAUGCACUCAGAAGUGUGCACCAUCAGGAGCAGACCCCAAAGCCGAUCAAAUCGACACCACCCUAAGCACCACGGGCAGGGACCAUGUUUUUCUACCUGUGCUUCCCGGCGGAGGUCUUCAAGGAAGGAAGGAUAGAGAGUGAGGGAGGACGGUCUGCAUGGCUCCUACUUCUCCCUGAGCUCAGCCUACUACACAGGGCCCGGCACCCAGGAAGCUACCACUCCUUCCUAAGCACCCACGUCUCUCUUAAUAAACAACAGCCCCAGAGCCUGACUUUAAUGAUUCUGCUCAGAACCAUUCCUCCUACUUUCUGUCUGAUUGCAGACACCUGGGGGAAACCUGUCUCAGCAGCAGGUAAACAUAAAGCCUGCCUCAGACUUCCAGCAGUAUUGUGUCCAGGUCUGUCUCCAUGUCUGGAGGGAGAUGUGAUCAAGAUGGAAAUGCCUUGGAAAAAAAUCAGCAGUGAUGGCCAGGUAGUGUCACCAGAUCCAUCAGCUCCUGUGUCCCAGCCCCAAACUGAUCUGGAUGCAGCAGCGGUCCCGUGCCACCGCCGACCAAGCUUCCUGUCCUCUCAGAUGUGGCAGGAGUGCCGUCCGUCUGUCCGUCCGUCUCUUUCUCCCUCCCUGCGAGGAGCAGAGUGGAGCAGACGUGGGUUCCAGCUUCCCUGCCUCUCCUCUUCACCUUGCUCAAUAAAGACUUUUCCCUCCCCAGGUCACAACUUCUUGCUCCUUCAGUGUAGGGCUCUGGGAACAGCUGAAUGGCCGCGCUUGGCCGAGCCUGGCACACUGAAUAAUCACUUCCGGACCCCGGGGAAUGCUGGUGGCGGCAGCGCUUUCCAGUGGCCUUUCUUCGCGGAGGCCCCUGCCCGGCCAGCGUUCCCUGGGAUCCGAGCCGCGCUGUUCUCAGAGAAAUAUGUCUUUAAUAGCUACCGUGACCGCUCGCUGAUGGACGGGCCGUGA